CAGUUCCCACUGCCCCUUCCUCAAAAAUUUAAAUAUGCAUUCACGCACCAUAAUAUGGACUUGUAACUACUAAAAUCUCCCCACCACCGAGUCUGCCGCCAAAUCUUAAAGCCACCACCAGCACCGCCACCAUCGCCGAAACCAUCGACUCAAAUGCACCGCAGCUGAUACAUAUAACACAAACCCACAAAAAUUCAAGUUGAACCCAAAAUGUCUCCGCCAAAAAGAUCUUCACUUAGUCCACCUUCGUCAACCACCAGCGAUCUCAAGCACCGUGUCAUUACCUGCCUCAACAAGCUCUCCGAUCGAGACACACUCUCUCUCGCCACAAUAGAGCUCGAAUCUAUUGCUAAAACGCUAACACAAGAUUCCUUCUCGCCUUUCCUUAACUGCAUUUACAACACCGAUGCUUCUUGUAAAUCUCCUGUUAGGAAACAAUGUGUUAACCUCUUGACUCUUCUUUCAAAUUCUCAUGGCAACUCUCUUUCUCCUCAUCUUUCUAAAAUGAUUUCAACCCUCACUCGCCGCCUCCGUGAUCCGGACUCCGCUGUCCGUUCAGCUUGUGUUGAGGCUACCACUGCUAUGUCGUCGCAGAUCACGAAGCCACCAUUUUCUACGCUGUCUAAGCCGCUUAUUGAGCUUUUGACGCUCGAGCAGGACUUUAAUGCUCAGAUCGGUGCGGCAAUGUGUUUGGCGGCUGCGAUAGAGGCGGCGCCGGAGCCGGAGGCGGAGCAGUUGAGGAAGUUGUUGCCUAGGUUGGGCAAGUUGGUGAAGGGCGAGGGAUGUAAGGCGAAGGCGGCGUUGUUGAGUGUGAUCGGAAAUAUUGUUGGCGUUGGUGGCGCGUCAUGUAAGGGCGUGUUGGAUUGGUUAGUGCCGUGUUUGGUAGAGUUUUUGAGUAUUGAAGAUUGGACGGCGAGAAAGGCGACGGCGGAGGCCUUGGGGAAGGUGGCCUUAGUGGAGAAGGAAUUGGCAAAAGAACAUAAAGCUGCGUGCUUGAGUUCACUGGAGAGCAAGAGAUUUGAUAAGGUGAAGGCAGUUCGAGAGACUAUGAAUCGAACCAUAGAGUUAUGGAAGGAAGUUCCUGGCGUUUCUGAUGAAGUUUCUAAAUCUUCUUCAAAGGAUAAUUGCGAAAGCUCCCCUUCUGUUGCCUCUGAUACUUCUCAUGAAAUCAGUUCCAAAUCCCCUCAACCGAAGAAAACAGUCCCUGCAAACAGGUCCCCCCCAUCCGAUGCUUCGUCUGUGACCACUGCCAGAAAACAAAGCCCUGCAAAGAUUAACAAUGACAAUUCAAAGACAGCAAUGUUUCGUAAAAUGGACCACAAGAAAGCCUCUUCCUGGAAAAUUGAUUUGGUUCUACCACAAGACAUGGGCUGUGGGGCUGAUAUUAAAAGGUGUGAUUCUGGAGUUUUGGCAUCAUGGGAUGAUGCAAAGAAUGAGAAAUGCCAGCCAGAAACCAAGCGUGUCCUCUUUAGUAGUAUCCGAGAGGAUAAACUGCUCAAAUUCGGUGGUUUGAAAUCUGGGUCAAGAGUGGUUCCAUGCAAUGAUGAUGACAGUAGUUACAACAAAGAUGUUGAUGUCAGUUAUUGUACUGAAGAAUUCUUUGAGAACCAUAAAGACAUUGAGGAUCUGUCUUUGAUCCAUGACCAGCUUAUUCAGAUUGAAAACCAGCAAUCAAAUCUUUUUGACCUCCUCCAGAGAUUCAUUGGGAGCUCCCAGCAUGGGAUAAAUUCUCUGGAGACACGUGUUCGUGGUCUGGAAAUGACAUUGGAUGAGAUUUCAUAUGACUUGGCAUUAUCAAGUGGAAGGAUUCCUAAUACUGAACCCGCAGAUAACACGUGUUGCAAACUGCCUGGUGCAGAAUUCUUGAGUUCUAAAUUCUGGAGGAGAACAGAAGGUCGGUAUUCUACUUCGAGGUUCUCUUCUCCUGGGAACAUGCAAUCACUGCAUGCUGCACGGAACAUUCACAAAGAUGUCAGCACUGAAACACACAAUGGAUAUAGCCAAAAGUUUCAGCGUCAAAACAGGGGUGAAUUUGUUAUGAAUCCAUUGACUGAUGUUUGUAGCGUUGCAAGGAAGAAUUCAGGGAUGUAUUCAAAUCAUAUGUCAAGAAACAUUAUCCAAGAUGAUGGACAAGUUCAGAAUGUCAAUGCGCACUGAAUGUUCUUGUAAAACAACAUUGAACUUGUGCAGCAGG